AAACAUGUGUCUCUGAUAAUUGUACAACAACGCAUUGGAGUCAAGCGUUACACGUUGCAAGUGACGCUCCGAAUAUUCCAAAAUUUUCUAUUAAGAACUUAAAUGCUUAUCAACGUUCAUUAAUUAUUGGAACAAACGUCGAAGACAGUACUGAUGUUGUGGAUGAUAUCAGUGAAUAA